GGGUGAGGGGUACUGAUUUGGGUAACUCAUUGGGGGCUGUAUGGCUGGAGAAUAGGGAUUUGGAUAUUGUGACCAUAUAGGGGUUGGAAUUUCCAUUAAAGGAUUCAAUGGGCGGAAAUUUCUCCAAGGUUCUCGGUAAUAAUAAUUCUGGUACGGCGGAAAUGGGUUGGUGAAUCGGUGUGAUAAAAAAUCAGGAGAAGCAUAAUUGCCUGGAUAGGGCAUGGGGGAUGAUUUACGUAUCAAUUUGUCGUGGGAAAAAUCACACAUCUCUUUCUUCAGACAGUACCCUCUUUUAUGCAGAAAAGGACAUGGUAUAUUGCACUUCCGUGUUUCAGAUGGUUUUGGGUGUUUAAAGUCGCAUCAGUCGCCUUUAAAACAUCUACCACGGCGUAUGAGAAAAGGGCACAGGACAGAGGUUAUUACAAUAUUUAAGACCAAACCGGGAACAUUGCGAAAAAUGCAAUUCAGGUCCUCCGGCGGUUUGGUCUAAGUAUUGUAUUAUUCUGAUCUGUCGUUCUCUUAACAAACCUUCUAUAUAUGUAUAUAUAUAAUAUCGAUCAUUUUUCUCAAUAAUGUAUUUACCAAGGCAUAGUACAAAACAUGGACUGGACUGGACAGUUGGACUGGACUGGACUGGACAGUUGGGACUGGACUGGACAGUUGGACUGGACUGAUUUUUGCAUUUUCUCUAUUUUUGACUUGCACGUCAGCCGCCAUGUCGAUCGUCAGUUGGCAUGGCACAAAAGAAUAUUUUAUCACAGAAUAGAUAUACCAUGUCAUGUCUAUUUUGUGAUUUUAUCAAUGAACAUUGUCUGAUGUGUAUAGCUACCGCGUUUUGCGGCACCUGAAAUCCUAAAUUACUUUUUUAUUUUCGGCGCCGAUGGCGAUCAUGCGUUUUUAAAAAUAAUUCCUCCGAUGCUGUCAAGAGUUGAAAGUCUUGGAAAAGCGCCUACUUUCCAGUGAAUAUACUCAGGAGAAUCAUAUAUUAUAAUCAGGAUAUAAUCAGGAGUAUAGCAAAUAUUUAAAGUAUACAUAUAGUUGAUAGUUUGCAGACAUCGCGGCCCGCCAAGCAAAUAUUUGUUCCAUAUUCUACAUUUGUAAAUUUUUGUAUAUACAAAUUUAAUUUGGCAGUUGAGAUGAGGUAGUUUAUUUGAAACUACGCACCUGAUUGGAUAAUAAAAUUAGCAACCUAAUUAAUAGUUCUAUAAUUUUUGAAAAGUACUCACUGAAGUAUGCACGUAAGUAGCUUAUUCCAAAUGUUUGAAAAUAUCGUUUCGUGUUAAAAAUUAAAAAUGUCGGAGAUCGAUGUAAUUGAACUCAGCAGCAAUUUAGAAGAAUCAGACGAAAAUCCAGUGAUGCCGAAAAGGUUCGUUUCUGGCUCAAGAAUGAUAGAAUAUACUGUAAAAUGUCUAAUUACUAUUGUCUAAAUUGCAUGUGCUUUUCAAUAUGAAUCAUGUUUAUUUCUCCAAUUUAGUAUUAGGCUAUGUCCACACUAACCCAUUUUCGCAGCGUUUUCGUAUUGAUCAUUGUUUCAGGUGUUUUAAUAUAAAUUCAAUUGUUCUCUAUUCCCUUGCCUACGAAAACGGUUUGUGUGGCCGCAGCUUUAUAUUUGAAUCAAUAUUUGUCAACUGAUAUUUAAUUUAAUGUAGUAUUAAUAAUAAGCGAAUUAUUCAGUUUAGGUAGUUUUAAUGUCUACAUUCUAUUGUGUUCUUUGUGCAUUUUAUUUUAUACUGUUAAUACUCGAUAUAAACAACCAUGGAUAUACUGUAAGACAUAAAAUCACGAAAUCAUCACUUAUAUACAUUCUAAAUUUAAUAGGCGCUGUCCCAGUAUAUCUAAUCCUUUUGAGGAAGAUGAAAACGAAGACGAAAAUAUUUCCAUAGUUAAGGUGAUUUAUACAUGCAUGGAAGUAUUUGCAGAUAUCAAUGGACAAUUUGCAACAUGCAAUUAAAUUAAUCAUUAUAAUUAAAAUAUUAAUAAUAAUAUAGAGGGCAAAAAUACUCGAAUAUGAUUGGUUAAUCACGAGGGCAUUAUUUUUUUAUUAAGGGCAAAUUACUUGCAUUGCUUGUAUACUGAUGUAUACAAAUGUAUUUAUAAGAAAAUUUGACCCUCUAUAAUUAUUAACAUAAUUAACAUAUAAUCGCAUGGGUCGUUAUAAAAUUAAGGUUCAAAAGUUUCACAAAUUGCCCUCGUCACUUUUACUAAAUGUUUUAUUGAAUAUUGCAUGAAGGCUGGUUUACUUAAAUUACACUGUAGGUAACACCACAGCACUUACACCGUCAUCACUAUUGCCUUAUCAUAUAUUCAUUGCAUUUGACCCCAAUAUCACCCCCCACCCCCACCCCCUUCUUUAGCACUAUAUAUUUUCAUGGCUUGUACAUUUGAUUUUGCUAUGACUAUUUUAACCCACUGAGUGGUACGUAGCACUCUCCACUUGACAAGUAAAAUCGUCUGGCAUUAGACAGAGUAAAAUACAAAAGUAGGGUGCAUUGCCACUUAAAGUGUUAAUUUGAUUGGCUUAUUUUGUUUCAUGUGACUGCCUUUGUAGUUUUUUGUGCAUGUCUUUCUACUACCACUUCUCCGUGAAGAAGGGCCUCUGCUCUGUUCAAAACAUCAAGAAGAUAUUUUUAUGCUUGCUUAACUUUACAAGUUACAACCAAGAGAUUGUUGUACUUUUAGGUAGUACUUUUUUUAAAAAAAAAGUCUUCAUACAACCAGUUGUGUGGACGUGUAUUAUUAUUUAAUGUUACUAUAUACUUUUUUGAUUUAUAUAUACAUAUAGCAAGACCCUGAUUCACCAUACUCAGCACUUCCUCUUGACAUCAGUGAAGAUGAAUUGUCUGAAGAAUUGUCUACAGCAGAUGAGUCACAACAAUACUAUCAGGAUAAUGACAACUUGCCAGUGUUCAGAAAGGGAUUAACAUAUGGGUUAUCCACAAAGGAAAUCAUCUCCAGCCUAAAAACUUUAGAUGUCAAUGACAAGUGUGUUUCAAAAGUGGUGCCCACAUGUGUGAGUCAUAAUGUUGCUUUUGUGGUGGAUGUCUCCUCCAAAUUUGUUGGCCAUGUCAAGAACUUGCUGUCAGAUGACAUGGGAGCAUGGAAUCAAACUGGAACCAAAACCGUCAAUUACAAGUACAAUUCUGGUGAUUUCAAGGUGGUAACAAAUUUUCGCCAAGGCGAGGAGAAUGUCUAUAAGGUUGUGAAGUGGUAUUACCGAAAUAACAGUUCUAAAGAUCUUUCUCGCAUUGUCUGUCAUAUGUCAGGUAAAGGUCUGAAACUUGCUUCCCCAGCCAAAAUAAACGAAAGUGCCUUGGUUUAAGCGAUCAAUUGGCUCAUAGCCCUGCCAGCAGGCUAUUAAUAAAAACAACAACAAUAUAUACAACAGUGCUUCCAUCUUCAAAAUCAAAAUUUCUCAUUUUUGUCAUCAAAAUUUCUCUAAAUUCCUUAGAUUGUAUAUGUUAUUUUCUUAAAAUUUCAUCAAGCAGUUUGCACUGAUUUUGUAGAAAUACAAUAAAGUAGCACAAUUAAAACACAUGUGGACUAGUUAAAAAACAACAGGCUAUUAUACUCAGGGCCAUAGCUAGUAUGUAUAGUUGGGGGGGGGGGGUGCAGGCCAAAAAUUUCCGAAUGUCGAAAACAAUUUCCGACUAUUUCAUGGCAUACGAAGCCACGAAGGCGUUUGCUAUCCGGAAAAUGAAGAUGCAAUUUACAAACAAAAAUGCACAUUGUUUACGCAAAGACAUAUUACAGAAGAAUGCAGUGCCCUAGGAAGCUCUUCCUUAGAUUUUUUCUCUUCCUUAGAUUUUCCUUUUUGACAAUAAAAUUUCCUUAGAAAAGAAAUUUUCCUUAGAAAAGAAAUUUUCCUUGAAAAUGGAAGCACUGGGGCCCAGUUUUGUUUAUAACACCUUCGGCCCGUGAAUUUGGUCUUCGAACUACAAACCCGAUUUGACCUGUUUUCGACUUUUCUUACCCGAGUAAUUUGAUGGUAAAAUAAUAAUUUGAUAGAAUAAUCCUAGCAGUGGCGUAAAGUCAGGCGUAUACAAAAAACCUUGACUUCUCGUUCUUACUCGGGUCACCAGGGAUGCCGGAAGUUGCUGAGGGCAAGGGGUGCAAUUGGUUAACAAGAGGGCAUAUUCCUUAACAAAAGGGCACUAAUGAAAAUGAAAGGGCAUCUAAAAAUUAUUUUUGACUAAUCAUGCAGUUCCCUAUUGCUUUUAUUAAUCAUUAUGAAAAAUAAUCACACAUACAAGUAUUUUACUUGUUUCGUUGCUUUCUAUUUUAGAAUUGAAGACAAAAACCCUCCACUCGCUAGUGUACGUUCAAUAUAAGUUUGACGGAGAUGAACAUGAAGUGCAUGUUGAUCCUCACGGCAACAGCAAGAAAACGUCAGCGCCAUACUAUAGAACCAUGGAAACAACAAAAGAGAGGUUAAAGACGAUUACCCACAACUCAAAACCUUCUGCUACCAUUUUUAUUGACCUGGAAGAAGCCGGUGGUUUAAGCAAUGUUAAGUCUUCGGGCGAGAUUGCACGAAACGUCCGGCAAGCAAAGCAUUAUCGUGCGAGUGGAAGUAGUACCAGCACUGCCAGUCAUGGAAGUACAAGUGACCCGCUUCUGGAAGCAAUAGAUAGCUGCAAGUCAGGAAUCAAAGACAAGAAUAAGUUUGUUCGAGAGGUUAUCGCAGCGCCUGAGUUUUGCAUUUUGUUAGCAUCUGACCAACAACUGAAGGACGUAGAACGUUUUUGUUGUAAUCCUGAAUCAUUUUCUGUUCUUGGUGUAGACCCGACUUUUAACUUCGGAGAUUACAACCUCACUGUUUCUACCUAUCGCCAUCUUCUCUUGAAAACGGAUAAAGGCAUUAAUCCAGUUAGAAUUGGUCCAGUUUUAAUACAUCAACGUAAAACCCUUGCUUCGUACGUAAAUUUACCUUUUUCCAUGAUAAAACACAACCCACGUCUUUCAGGAGUUUUAGUUACCGGCUCUGACGGUGAAAAACCAUUAAAAGAUGCCCUUAAUAUUGGAUUUUCGUCCGCUGUUCAUCUGCUGUGUGAUAUUCACAUGGAAGACAAUGUGAGGGCGAAGCUUUCGAAUCUCAACAUGCCCAAAGACGUCAUUAAUCAAUAUAUGACAGACAUAUUUGGAAGACGUUUGGAAAACCAGCAACUGAAAGGUCUUGUUGACUGCUCUUCUGCUAACGAGCUGAUGGAAAGCUACCGAAAUUUAAAAGAAUUAUGGGUAACUAGGCAUACGUGCGGAAAAGAGUUUGCCUCCUACUUUGAAAAAAAUAAAUUAGAUCUCAUAAAGGAAACGAUGACACAGGACAUUCGUUCAAUGGCAGGUCUCGGGUUUCCGCCAGACGUGUAUAAUCAAAAUGCGAACGAGUGCAUAAAUUCCGUGCUGAAGCGAGAUACACCUAAAGAUAAGAAGAGAAUGACCAUUGGUGAAUUCAUCAACCAUUGUCGCUACUUGCAAAUGCGUCAAAGAUCGCAAGAAGAACUUGCGAUGAUUGGUCGUGGAGAAUUAAAGGUUUCGGAAGAAUACAGCGACUUGUGUUGCGAAGAUGUAAAAUUUUUCCGAAAGAGUGAAGAUCAAAAGAGGGCCGCACACUCCAAGUUUUUUAAUGCUGACGUACGUCCCACUUCGCUCAGCGGCCUACUUGAUGCUGAAAGCCGUAACGAAGAUAGAACAUUGUUAAGCGUUUUGCCAGAAAAUAGCACAAUUCUAUCCGUCCCAUACCCAAUUGUUAAAGAAAUUUUUAGAAGUGGUGCUCGAUUGCUGUCUGCUAAUAACAGUAUCGUCUCCACACCAGGUUCUUCUGAUGCAAGUUCUACGUUACCAAUACGUCAGACCAGAGCAAACCGUUCUGUGUUAAACGUGUGUCUGCAAGAAACGCGACUGGCGGUAGCUUAUGUGAAUGUGACAAACACUGUCUUCGAUAUUCUGGUGUUCACCUGUUGUUGCAGUCGCGGAACACAAUAA